AUCGGUAAAUCGGUAAAAUUGACGGCAAAUGAGCGGAAAUUUUUUAUAGGGAAACGUCACUUUGCCUCAUUGCCUGAAAAAUGAAAAGGUUCAGCGAUAUCAUUCAGAGUUUCUUUCAUUCCGAGCAAGCAGACGACGAAGUAAGUUCGUGUGAAGAGUCACAAAGUAUGGCGUCCAACAUCACCCCGGAAACGCCACAUGGCGACAGCCAGGAUGCACAUGAAGAAGUCUCACCAGCAACUCCAGACCUGGUUAAUCAACCAGCAAUAAUGAGCUACUCGCAAAUUGUGAGGUACCCCCCACCCCCGAUCCCACAUUUGGUCCCGAUAAUCCCAACCGCUCCGGCAAUGUCUCAGAAUGCCCCGGCAAUGUGUCAGAAUGCCCCGGCAAUGUGUCAGAAUGCCCCGGCAGGAGAAUCCCUUGUGACUUCUGGGAGUAACUUCACAAUAUCACGGAAUUUCGUCGUCGUUGAGAGGACCACUGAAGCCACAGGGCAGAAAUAUUUGGCGGUCGUACCAGUUUCAACCCCUGGUACAGAAGGAAAUGCCCAUGGCGCCCAAAUGGAACAGCCAGGGCCGCCAGUGCAAGGCACAGGCUUAGUUCGCUAUGGGGAAACGCGCAAUCCAAUUUACACAGACCUCCGUAACCAGGUGAAGCAAUUUGCUUUAAAUCUCCGCAAGGAGAGAAAGGCUCUUCGGACACGAGAAUGCAACGGGAUGAGACUACUACAGAAAAUUCUGGAAGAAGAGGAUCUCUCCACGGAAGAUCGCCUGGCAUUGAUUCGUCUUUAUUUCGACUCCACCGGUUAUCCCUGAUUUAAUUUUUUCCUUUAAAAAAAAUUGACAUCCUGCUAUGUUCUCUUAAAGAAAAAAAAUUUUGAAAAAACACUUGAAAAAUUAAAAUUAAUUUUUAAUUCUCUAUUACUUAAUAUCUAUAAGUUAAAACUUUGCGAAAAGAAAAAUUUAAAGAAAAAAAAAAUUAAAUAUUUAAAAUGAAGUGUUAUGUAUGUGUUGAAGUUAAAUGUUAAAAAAUAUGAAUUAUAGCAAUUAUUUGCUUUGAUAAAGUGGAAUUUCUCAAUAAAAAAAUUUCUUUCAAUUUCA